AUAUAUUACUUAGUCAUUGAAACUGAAAUUCAGAUUUGAAAGUUACAAGUUAAGCUGCUGCGUGUGUCAUGAGACAGAGGUCGUCCUUUUGGAACCACAUGGGCUGUGUCACAGGAGAGGAGGUUCCGUAAUUCAAAUUCAGCAAUGAAUGAGCUUUCGAGGAUUUCUCUAGACCUCCAGGACUCAAAGAGAAUACAUAAUGCAUGGAAAUCAAGAAUACAAAAGUACUUCAUCCAGAGUCCAUUACCAUGGAGGAAAAUCAACAGACAGGAAACAAAUGAAGCAAGCCUUCUGGGAGACUCUCUGGAGACACUCCUUUCCCAGAAAUGUGGACAGAUAGCAUUUCGGGGCUUCCUGAAGUCAGAGUUCUGUGACGAAAACCUGGACUUCUGGCUUGCAUGUCAAGAGUUCAAAACUUUUGACAGUCCAGAGGAGCUAACAAGGAGAGCAGCAAGGAUUUAUGAAGAGUUCAUCAGGGCUGAGUCCCCCAGACAGGUAAACGUAGAUUUCUACACAAGAGAGAUCAUUAGUCAGAGUCUCCAGCAACCAAGUCCAUCAUGUUUUGCCGUGGCACAGAAGAAAAUCUACAGCCUAAUGGCGAACGGAGCCUUCCCACGCUUCAUCAAAUCUGAGCAGUACAAAGUCCUGUGUGAUGCAGCUUCUAAACAGAGAGGCUUUGGGAAGCGAUGGAAGGCCAGACACCGAGCAGACACUUCCUCUUCCCUCAAAAUGUCACAUCAGCAACAUAAUGUCUGAUGAGACUGAAAGUUGUGCCAGUGACAGGUCAUAACAUACCGCAGGCGGUGCCAUCUGGUCCACAGUGAACACUGGACAUCACCAAAAGUCAAACUGUAAAUUAAAACUUAGUAAUAUUCAUGAAUUGCACAU